GGUUAAUUGAAUUUUUGGCAAAGAUUCAGUAUUCAAUCGAGCAUAGAACACGACGGAAACUUCUGGAAGAGUAAUAAUUUCUCAAAUCAUGGAGCUAAGAAAAGGAGUCCUUCUUCAUUUGUGUCUGUUGCUUCUAGUGGUUGAAAGUCUUGCUUUACUUAACCGCGAAGCUGAAUCUAUUAACAAAUGUGUACAAAAUUAUGGAGGACUCACCCCGGAGACUGGCGAGAGACUGUCGCGUUUCAAGGAAUGGUCCGAGGGCUACGAGGAGAUUCCGUGCUUCACCCAGUGCUACCUCAAUGAAAUGUUUGAGUUUUACGACGUGUAUACUGGCUUCAACCGGACAGGUGUUAUCAAGGCCUUUGGAGAGCCAGUCUACAAUGCAUGUGCCCAAAAAUUGCAGUUGCCUUGGGGUUCUCGCUCCAGUAAUUGCACUCAUGCCUAUGUGGGAUUUCAUUGCUUAACAAAAAUGGAGAACCACCCGUUUAUGCUGAUAGAGGGCAUGCCGAACCUCGCCCCAAUAGCCAAGGAGGCGAUGAAGGACUGCCUCCAGGCGGUGGAUCUGCAAGAAUGGGAUCGCUUCCAGGCCUUUGCCGGUUUUCCAGUUUCUGAGCCCAUUCCCUGCUUCACCCGAUGCUUCCUUGACAAAUUGGGACUGUUUGACCAGAAAACGCGACGCUGGCGGGUACCGGCCAUGCAACAGCUACUGGGUGUUCCCGCCCAGGGGGGCGCCUACGGCAUGUGCCACCGACACAGGGGCCGCAACAUCUGCCAAACUUACUACAAGCAGUUCACCUGUUACGCCAUGGCAAAAUCAAACCAAAAUGUAUCCUAGGGAACACGCAACUUGAUGGAUCCGACGAGACAAAUUUCAAGAAUAAAGACAAGAUAUAUGGUUACAAAAU